AUGAUUGAAUUUAUUGAUAACAUAAAACUUCAAGGGAUAAAACUUUCCUUUCCUAAACCAGAAUGUUUUUUAUCUAGGCAUUAUUAUUCCUCAUGUAUUCCCCUUGCACAUUGAAAACAUGUUUUUGGCUGCUGGGCUAUUAGCUCUAUUAAGUUUGCAGGUUCUUCUCAAUCUAAUUCGAACGAUUCAACCUAUAAGCAUUCGGUUGUUGAUUAA